AAGGAUUAUGCCGAUGCCCAUAAACUCCUCGGUGCACCCCGCAUCUCUUGAUUUCCAGAAGAGAUCAGUACUCGCAAGACACAGACACAUCUAAGAGCCACUCACUCACUGACAUUGUCAUCUCAAAGUCAACAUGGCAACCCCAACCUACCAACCGGCCAUAAUGAGCGCCUCGCUCGGCCGCGCCUGGGCCCACGACCUCGCCCACAAAAUUGCCUGCGCCUCUGCAGCUGGCUUCAAAGGGAUCGAGAUCUUUUACGAAGACCUAGAAUACCACGCCCGCUCUCUCGGCAACCUGCCCCAAACGGCCUCGCCCUCCGACGACGCCCUCCUAACCGCAGCAUCAGACAUCCACACCCUCUGCACAACCCACAACCUCACCAUACUCGGCCUCCAACCCUUCCUCUUCUACGAAGGCCUAAAAGACCGAACCCAGCACGCGAAACUAAUCACAAAAAUGAACCUCUGGCUCCGCCUCGCGCACGCCCUCCACACAAACACCAUCCAAAUCCCGGCAAACUUCCUCCCCGCCUCGGAACUCAUCACCGACGAUAACAUGGAUACACUCGUCGCAGACCUGCAACAGAUUGCGGACCUCGGCGCCGCACAGAACCCACCGAUCCGCUUUGCAUACGAGAAUCUCUGCUGGAGUACCCUCGUUGAUACACCCGCAAAGCUCUGGAAUGUGGUUUCGAGGGUCGACCGGCCGAACUUCGGCAUGUGUCUCGAUACAUUCAACAUCGCGGGCCGGAUCUGGGCGGACCCUGCCGCUGAGAGCGGCAAGACGGAGAAUGCAGAUGCGGAGCUCAAAGAAGCCCUCGAGCGCAUGGUCGCUGAGAUCGACGUGGCAAAGGUCUUCUAUAUCCAGGUUGUCGAUGCGGAGCGUAUGGAGACGCCGUUGGUACCGGGCCAUGAGUUUUAUGUCGAGGGGCAGCCGGCGCGGAUGAGUUGGUCGAGGAAUGCGAGGACGUUCAUGUACGAGGUUGACCGCGGGGCGUACUUGCCUGUUGAGGAGGUUGCGAGGGCAAUUAUACAUGGGCUUGGGUACGAGGGGUUUGUGUCGAUGGAGUUGUUUUCUCGGACGAUGGCGGAGGAGGGAGAGCAUGUGAGUGGGGAGCAUGCUGCGAGGGGGAUUCGGGCGUGGGAGACAUUUGCAGAGAGGCUACAACUAAAUCAAUAAACUAGGCAGCCCAGCCUGAGUAGUAAGUCAUACGAGGAAUGAACUUCAAUGCUGUGCAAGUAAUUAAUCACAUAUCAAUAUCCUUCCCAUCCAACCACUCCUUGGCCAACCGAUACAACAAAUCAUGCUUCUCCCCAUUCACCGUCCCUACAUGCCUCCGAUGUCCCGGCAUAUCCCUCAACACCUUAACCCCCAUGGUCAACUCCUGACAGUACGCAAGACACUUGUACCCCUCCGGAUACUCCUCGAGCUUCUGCA